UGCCAGUCGGAAGCGGCUUAUCGCGUCGCCAGCUGCCAGUUGCGAAUCAGACGUCUGAGCAGCAACAACAGCACAGCGGCAGUGGCAACAUCGCAGCAACAGAAGCAGCAGCAGCAGCAACAGCAACAUCACUGUGGCAACCGCAACAGCACAGCGCAGCAACAUCAGCACGUGUGCCCCAGAGUGCGUUUCCAUUGCAAAAGCAGUCUUUUUUUUUACAAGUGUUACUUUUUGUCAGUGUGCGCAACGAAAGUGCUCGAGAAAUCCAGCAGAGAUAAAUACAUAAAACGCCGGGAAAUUCAAGAGAAAAGCAAGAAAAAAGUUAAGGCUAAAAAGCAAUUAAAACAAAUUGUGCCGUAAGUCAAGUCGGUGGGCUUACAGCCCAGUCGCCCGCAAAAAAAAAAAAAAAUAAAAUUAUAUAUAGAAAGAAACAAAGAAAACUGAAAACUGAAAAAAAAAACAUAAAUACACGAGAAACCACCGCAGGAUCCGCAGGACAACGUACCCACCGAUCCCAAAAGAAACGCACGCGAAAAAAAGGUGAAAUAAAAGGAAACCAUGUCCCAGGAGAGUAAUGGUGGCCCAGCAGCAGGAGGCGGAGCAGCAGCGCCACCACAAUACAUAAUAACCACACCCAGCGAGGUGGAUCCCGACGAAGUGCGCUCCAUGGCCGACUUGGAGCUGGGAUCCCCCGAAAAGCAGGUGCAGGUACAGAGCCAAAAGUUCUCCAGCACGUCGAGCACCACCAAGGUGGCCACCCACUCCUUUUCGAUGAGCAGUAGUGCCGGCACUACUGUGCAGCAAAGCAAACAGGACAGCGCCCAGCAAAUCCAGCAGCUCCAACAGCUCCAGCAGCUCCAGCAGCUCCAGCACCAGCAGCAGCAGCAGUCCCAGCGAAUCAUAUCCAGCUCGACGAGGAGCCAGAGCCUGCAGUCCAGCACGAUUGUGGGCGAGGCCACCACCAUCACGAGCGGAGCCGCCCAGAUGCUGAGCUCCUCGGCGGCGGCCUCGCUGGCCCAGCAGCUGAAGGCCCAGAGCUCCACCUCGAUCAUCACCAGCAGCGAGCAGAGGACCAGCACGAGCACCAGCAGCAGCAGCAGCACCCGGUUCAUAGCGAGCGGCUCCAGCAACCUGGCCGGCGGCAACUCGAACUCGGCCAGCUCGGCCAGCAGCAAGACUCGCUUCCAGAGUUUCCUUCAGCAGCCGGAGGGCGCCCACGGCUUUCUGACGGCCCAUCAGAAGCACGUGCGGCAGUUUGUGCGCUCCACGUCGGCGCACUCGGAGGCGGCAGCCGGAGUGGCUGGGGCACGGCCGGAGAAGUGCAUCCGCAGCGCCUCCACCCAGAUCGACGAUGCCAGUGUGGCCGGCGUGGUGGAGUCGGCCGGGAACUUGACUGACAGCUCCGCCACCGGGGGAUCCAUGCAGCUGUCGAUGAGCAAGCUGGGCCUGCAGCAGUCCUCCUCCAUUCUGAUCUCCAAGUCGGCCGAAACGAUCGAGAUGAAGAGCUCGUCGGCGGGCAUGCGCACCCAGUUGACCCUGAGCGGUGGCUUCCUGGCGCCGCCGGGCAGUCGCAAAAUAACCAUUUUGAGUCCCAUUCACGCGCCGCCCGGUCUGCAUGACAUGCUCAAGCGGGCCCAAGGACGAUCGCCGCUCUCGCCCAGGAUCAGCUUCCCCGGCAGCGAUUCGGACCUCUUUGGUUUCGAUGUAGAAAAUGGCCAGGGCGCUAGAUCACCGCUCGAGGGCGGCUCUCCCAGCGCCGGUUUGGUACUACAGAAUUUGCCGCAGCGUCGCGAAUCGUUUCUAUAUCGCUCCGAUUCGGACUUUGAGAUGUCGCCCAAGUCCAUGUCCCGAAACUCAAGCAUCGCUAGCGAAAGGUUUAAAGAACAGGAAGCCUCUAUACUCGUUGACCGAUCCCACGGCGAGGAUCUCAUUGUGACGCCUUUCGCCCAAAUUUUAGCCAGCUUACGUUCAGUGCGCAACAAUUUAUUAAGUCUGACAAAUGUUCCAGCAUCAAACAAAUCCAGGCGGCCCAACCAAUCCUCGUCGGCCUCGCGAUCGGGAAACCCCCCAGGAGCCCCGCUGUCCCAGGGCGAGGAGGCCUACACCCGCCUGGCCACCGACACAAUCGAGGAGCUGGACUGGUGCCUCGACCAGCUGGAGACCAUCCAGACCCAUCGCAGCGUCUCCGACAUGGCGUCGCUUAAGUUCAAACGCAUGCUCAACAAGGAGCUGUCGCACUUCAGCGAGUCCAGCAGAUCGGGAAAUCAGAUUUCCGAAUAUAUAUGUUCCACAUUUUUGGACAAGCAGCAGGAGUUCGACUUGCCAUCACUGCGCGUGGAGGAUAACCCCGAGCUGGUGGCCGCCAACGCGGCCGCUGGCCAGCAGUCCGCUGGACAGUACGCGCGCUCCCGCUCGCCGCGCGGUCCGCCCAUGUCGCAGAUCAGCGGCGUGAAGAGGCCGCUGUCGCACACCAACAGCUUCACCGGCGAACGGCUGCCCACCUUCGGCGUGGAGACACCCAGGGAGAACGAGCUGGGCACCCUGCUCGGCGAACUGGACACCUGGGGUAUUCAGAUAUUCAGCAUCGGCGAGUUCAGCGUCAAUCGACCGCUCACCUGUGUGGCAUACACCAUAUUUCAGAGUAGAGAAUUACUGACCAGUCUUAUGAUACCACCGAAAACUUUUCUUAACUUUAUGUCUACUCUGGAGGACCACUACGUCAAAGACAAUCCGUUUCACAAUUCGCUGCAUGCCGCCGACGUGACCCAAAGCACCAACGUGCUACUCAACACACCGGCGCUGGAGGGCGUGUUCACGCCGCUCGAAGUGGGCGGGGCGCUGUUCGCCGCUUGCAUCCACGAUGUUGAUCAUCCCGGCUUAACCAAUCAGUUCUUGGUUAACUCAAGUUCCGAACUAGCAUUAAUGUACAAUGACGAAUCUGUUUUGGAAAAUCAUCAUUUAGCUGUUGCCUUUAAAUUAUUACAAAAUCAAGGAUGUGAUAUAUUCUGUAAUAUGCAAAAGAAACAACGCCAAACAUUGAGGAAAAUGGUUAUUGAUAUUGUGCUGUCCACGGACAUGUCCAAGCACAUGAGUCUGCUGGCCGACCUGAAGACAAUGGUGGAAACCAAGAAGGUGGCCGGCUCCGGAGUACUGCUGCUGGACAACUACACCGAUCGCAUACAGGUGCUUGAGAAUCUGGUGCACUGCGCCGAUCUGAGCAAUCCCACCAAGCCGCUGCCGCUUUACAAGCGCUGGGUAGCCCUGCUCAUGGAGGAGUUCUUCCUGCAGGGCGACAAGGAGCGCGAGUCGGGCAUGGACAUCAGUCCCAUGUGCGAUCGCCACAAUGCCACCAUCGAGAAGUCGCAGGUGGGCUUCAUCGACUACAUCGUCCACCCACUAUGGGAGACCUGGGCGGACCUGGUGCACCCGGAUGCCCAGGACAUACUCGACACGCUUGAAGAGAACAGAGACUACUACCAGAGCAUGAUACCGCCUUCGCCGCCGCCAUCGGGCGUCGAUGAGAAUCCGCAGGAGGACAGGAUACGCUUUCAAGUAACCCUUGAGGAAUCCGACCAGGAGAACCUCGCCGAGCUGGAGGAGGGCGACGAGAGUGGCGGCGAGAGCACCACCACAGGCACCACCGGAACCACCGCCGCCUCCGCGCUAAGCGGGGCUGGGGGCGGUGGCGGCGCAGGCGGGGGAGUGGCACCAAGAACGGGUGGCUGCCAAAACCAACCGCAACACGGUGGAAUGUGACGGAGAGUCGUGGGAAUUUAUCGCAAAUUGCAGGAAAAGGCUCACAACUUUUUCCUAUUACGUUAGUGACUACUAUUAACACAGAAAACCAAACAAAAACCUAAAACGAAAAACAAAAAAAAAAACAAAGAAAAACUCUUGGAAAAAAUGCAAAAAAAAAAAAUACAAAAAAAAACCAAAAACCCAAGUAAGGAAAUAUUAAACCAAUGUUUAAACGCAUACAAAAAUCCAAACAGCAAUAGCAAAACUACCGUUAAACCUAUAAAGUCUAGAGAAAAUCGAAAAAGGAAAUUAGAAAUUUACUUAAUGGAACCCGAGAUUGAUGUUGAAAAUACACGGAAAAGGAGGAGGAGGCAGAGCUAACUAAGAUAAAAUCGUACAUAUUGUUAAAAAAAAAAACAUAGACACACUAAAUUCAAGACAAAGCAAAGAUAAUGAGAAAAAAUCGAUAAGUUAUAAUAAGACGAUACCGAAACUCCCGCCCCAAACCCAAAGAAUCCCCAGUUCCCCUGCCCUUUAUAUAUAUACAAUUUUUGUUGCAUGUGUAGGUAAAUGAUUUUUGUCAAAUUCAUCUGAAGUAGUGCAUCCAUCAGAGGAAGCCCCCUAAGCUGAGUCUCCUCUUUUAAUCCCUUGACUAAAGUGAAAUAUUUAAAACAGAGCAUCAGGCGAACGAAAAGGAAUAAUUAAUAUGACCUAGCUUAAGAGAAGUUAUUAAGUUUUUAAUGUUUUGCAUGCCCAAACAGAUUUAUUUUACUUGAUUGAUAACGCUAGACCUAACCGAUAAACGAUAACAGCAACACAUGGAGUUUUUUUUAUAAUUUAGACCACAGCGACAGAAGCGAAAGAAAAUCAACCAUGUAAAGUGUAAGAACCCAGUGAAUUAAACCAAAAUUGAAAGCCAACCGAGUUGAAACCAAUUUAAUUCUAAAUCUAAAUCUAAAUCUAAAUCCACAACCCAAAACCCCAAGCAACAAAAAAGAAAGAAAGAAAAGAAAGGAACAGUCUACAGCCAGACUGUAGUUGUAUAGUAAUAUAUAUGAUAUAAAUAUUUUUUUUAAUAUUAUUUGUAAAUAAUUUAAAUGUUGGACUCGAAUUUAAAUCAAGCGGCUAGCAAAUGUUGCAUUGCAGCUAAACUAAAAUGAAAACAAAGCCAAAAACACACAUAAAUAGGGAGCUAAGUGGAAAAUGUGGAAAAGGAAAAACUAUUGUACAAUUAGCUAAAGAAUUUCCAUUUCAAUUUUCAAUUUGAAUUGCAAUUUGAUUUGCUUCCAGAAGAGAAUGAAAGGAGACAAGAGAACGUAGGGAGAUAAACCGAAAAUUAGUUUCAAACGCUGUCUUCGCAAAUAUUUUUCGCUAUAUAUUACUUAUACCAUUAUUUUACUAGUUACUAAGCUACUUACUGAGCCACACAAAUUUAAAACGAAAGAGACAAGACACCAGGACAAGAAAGAGACGGAGCUUUCAUGAAUUUAGUGAACAAACAUAACACACACAAUUUACAAAGCGAACACCACAAAAAAAAAGACUCUUCAAGCACAAAAGCAGUUUAGUUUUCCAACUGUAAAACCAAAGCAAAGCAAAAUAACAACACAAACGAUAUAAUCCCAAAAAGUCAUUGGCUAUAAUAUGAUUACUUAACCUAACCUAUACAAUAUAUAGAUAUAUCCUAUAUGCAUAUGUAAAGUCACGAUACUGGCGCUGGUGCGCGGAUCGAUCAAUGUGGCAGGCCAAAUUCUAAACGCGCAUAAUUUAACUAUUGUUUACAUUAUGUUUUAUUGUUAUUAAUUUAUUACCCAAAAACAUUAUUUUUUCAGACCUAGUGCUAUAAAUUUCUUUUUUGUGUUGAAGCGGGCAGGAUCCGCGCAUAAAAUAGUGUUUUUUUUUUAAUUACAAAUAUAUAUAAAUAUAUAUAUAUAUAUAUAUAAUAUGAUAUGUGAAUGAAAUGUAAUGAAAUGAAGUGGAACCUUGAUGGUCUAAAAAUAUCAUUAAAAGCGAGAUGGAAAGUUGAAGAACAAGAUACUUUAUAGCAAUUUAAGCAGCAUUGUAAAUGUGCGCUUCAGAACUACUUUUUUCGAAACUUAAUCGACCUUCAGCAAAUACAGCAAGAUAUAUUACCUACAUACAAACAUAUAUUAUUAAUUGAACCAUAGUUGCGACAAAAACAAAAAUGACGGCAAGUCCAUGGCAAACUUAAACAAAAACCAAAAGCUACUUUAACAAAUUGAGUGAAAUAAAUAAAAGAAAGAAAACAAACAAAAAAAAAACAAAAAACAAAAACAAAAACCAUAUGACUUUUUUCUCCUCUCACAAAAUAAAAGCGAAAAACAGAAAAAUAAACUAGUAUUGUAUUGUAUUUGUAACACGAAUUUUCCUGCGAGUGAACUCUUUCCGCAGAACCAUAAAGCCGGAAAUGAAAACCUACAGAGAAUCCGCAGCAAGCGCGGCACUGGUGCGUGUGUAGCUAUAGCUAUACGAUUAUGUAAUUUACCAGAGUAUUAACCGAACAUUUAAAUUUAUAUGCAUAUGCAUACCAACACACAUAUAUAGAUAUAUACUAGGAAUAUAUGCAGUAACGGACAUUUGAUGUAUACUCGAGUUUGAAACAUAACCUAACCAGAUGUUGUAUGUGUAUGUGUAAUUCGAUGAACUUAAAGUCCAAGGCCACACGUGAAAAUAACCCCAAGCAGGGCGCCCCAUAAGAACAAGCAAUUUAUAGUGAAAAAGUCGAAAAGUAUCUAAAUGUAAUUGUUAGAAAAUGCCAAGUAAAUCCGAAAGUUACCACAGAGUUAAAGAGGCAUCUAUCUAUCCUAUCACCCCGUCCCCCAAAUUCCCAAAUCCCCAAAUCAAUUUUUGACUGAAAUUGAAUCGUCUAGUAGAGGCACUCGAUUCGUACUCCUUCCUCCCCUCCAAUCCCCUCCCCUCCCCAUACCAUACCCCUUCUUCCCCAACUACUGUACUUUAUCCGAUUUUUCCUAUCGACGUGCCGCCAAUUAUAUCAGUGUAUAUAAACUAUUUAAAAAUCACGCAUAUAUGCACACAUAGAGUUUUGUAGCAUCAUAUGUCAUUGAGGAUACCCACUAACACAUAUGUGGCGGGAAAUAAGCAAGUAAAUAUUUACAUAUAUGUGUGGGUAACGAGAGAUCAGCAUUUGUAGCACAGGUUGGCCAAAUUUAUUGGGAAUAACGAGUAAAGUUGCCGAAGAAAAACCAAAUGAAAACUGUUUGUUGUGCUGUUAGCCGUAAAUGAGAACUUUUUUUUGAGAUAACUUAAUACCUAUAUAUAUAAAUAUGUAUUACAAUAUAUGUAUCUAUAAAUAUAUUAAAACAGGCGACAAACAAAUUAAACCAAAUACCGGAACAAAAAAAAAAACAAAAUCGAAAAAGAAAAAGAAAAAGAAAAAGAAGAGAGAGAAAAAAAUAAUACAAGCGAUAUUGAAAAUGGCACGUUUUGUACUAUAAUGAAAUGAGAAAACACCAAAGACGAAUGCAAAACAAAAAUGCAAACACAAAACAAAAAAUAUACAAGAAAUAUUCUUAAAAGAAAUACCAUAAAUUGUGCGCUGGCGACGACGGUUGUUUGAAAGAGAGAAAGAAAGCAAAGGACAUGCCGCUUGAAAUGCCGAUCGUUAGCGAGUCCUUUCGUCUCGCAAGUCGUCGGCAUUUCAAUCGAGCGGAGAAUCGGGAGAUAUUAUAUACAUAUAGAACACGUAACGCUGGCGUUACUGGGCAAACAGUUAGGCAUUUUUUUUUUUUUUUGGAAAUUUAUACAAUUACAUAUACAAAAAGCUCACCCACAACAACAAGGACAACUACAGAAGAAACAAACACACACAUACAUGGCAACACUAACGAGUACACGGACAGCGAUUUGCCGGAUCAAAAUUCUGGGGAUUUCGAUAAACGAACCGAGAAAGGAAACGGAAAUUAGAACGCGGAAAGUUAUCGGCAAGUUAUUUACCACGGAAACUGAUCGGGUGUACUAUAGUACCAAAUAGGGCUUACCCAGGCUGAUUCACCCAAAAUAAUAAAUAUAUACAUGUAUGUAGUAACGAGCUGGCUUUUGUUGUUUAGUUAUGUAUUGUUUCGGUUAUGUUUUGCCUCUCUCAGAAUUACCAUAUGCAUAUAUAUAUAUAUAUGUAUAUUCUAUGUAUAUAUAUGUAGUUAUGUAUGUGAAAAGCGUAAUCAUUUAUGAAACCAAUGAAAAUCUAACCUGAAAACAAAGAGAAAACCCCAAGUCAAAUACAUAAUUGCAUGCAAGAGUAAGUAAUAUUAAUGAAAUCUAAGAACAAAGGUCACUCCCUGGCUUUAAAAAAAGGCCGCAUGGCAAAUGAUAAAUGGUAAAAAAAAAAUGAGAAGGUGGCAUUAUGAACAGAUUUGAAUGAUUACGGAAUACAGACUAAAAAUGAAAAUGAAAAAUUAAAAAAUCCAAAUAAAUGAAAAGAUAAUAUUUAAAAAUA